AUGUAUCCGUCAUCCGGACGGCAGUCUCGUCUGUCCGUUUGGCUCCGCUUCACGGUUCUUUUGUUGGCGUGGCUGUCGUGUAUCCCCAGAGUUGGGCUGGACGCCACCGUCGAGUUGACCAUGGCCAUUGCUCCGGCAGGUCCCCGGCGGUUACUGAACAGCAUAUCAUGA